AUGGCAUAUCAGUUCUUCGCAAAGGCGCAUCAAUCCAAGCAGCCGCCCACUUCUCCACCACUCCCUCCUCCCUCCUCCUCAUCCCCAUCCUCCAACACCAGACGCGCCAAAUCCCCCAUAAGUCCUCCGUCGCUGAGCGCCUUCCAACAGCAAAAUGCCUCGCACGCCACCAUCGCCGCGAAACUCAAGCCCCCGACAGGCCCCGGCGACUCAACCUACCACCCCGUCGCGUACCCUCACGCCAUCGCGUCCGGAUACCCAACUCCGCAUCCCCACGUCACCAUCGAACCGGUCAGUACGGCUCACAUUCCCUCCUUGUCCCGAAUAACAGGCCUCCUGCUACCCAUCCGCUAUCCAAACUCCUUCUACACCGCCACCAUCACCGACCCGGUCAUCGCUUCCGUCUCGCGCGUCGCCAUAUAUCAUGAUCAUCCGGUAGCCGCGGCGCCGGCAACAUCCCCAGCCACGGCGGCUUCUACGGGGUCGGACAAAGUCAUCGGGGGUAUUCGUUGUCGUCUGGAGCCUGUUCCGCCUAUGGCCGCGAAACGUCUCCCGGGUAAAACUCAGCGAGACCCCGCGAACUUGUAUAUCCAGACGCUGCACCUGCUGUCCCCGUAUCGGAGCUACGGUAUCGCGGCGUCCCUGCUCAACUCGUUGCUCUUUUCUACACCGCCACCUGCUUCGUCGAAGUCGGAGGGGAGCAAGACCGGUCUGCAGUCUGGGUAUCGCGUUUCCUCACUCGUCAGACACUACAAUAUCCGCACGGUCACGGCACAUGUCCACGAGGCGAACGACGAGGGCCUGAAAUGGUACGUCUCGCGCGGCUUUACAGUGGAAACGGGAGUAGUCGAGAACUACUACCGGAAGUUGAGGCCGUCGGGUGCACGGAUCGUGAAGUUAACGCUAGAAUGGGAUGAGGACGAGGACGACGGAUCCGCGAACGCGAAACCGGAUGCGCCGGAACAAGAGAAGCUCUCCGGAGACGAAGAACAUUUUGCGUCGGCAGAAGAGGACGGUGAUGAUGAUUGGGAAAAGGUCGAAGCUGACGAUGAAGAUGGAGACGACGACCAUGGUGUGACAACGUUCUCGGACUCGAAAUUGCUAGAUGCCGACGAUGCGGCGAGUCGGAAGCGGAAGGCAGAUGAUGAACCGCAACAAUAG